GUGCUGUUAAUAUCGCCCGCUCGUUGUUUCUGCAGAAAUAUUUUGUAAUUGUUUUUUUCCAGUUUUAAACAUGGCUGACUUUUUAAUCGCUGGCGGAGCUGCUUAUACACCAGAUGACGGAUUGUCCGGAACUCAACUUUUCAAUUCUGGCGAGGGACUUACAUAUAAUGACUUCCUACUGCUACCAGGCUUCAUUGACUUUCAAGCAAAAGAUGUGUGUCUGAUGUCUGCACUGACCAAAAAAAUUAUGAUAAAGACACCUCUGAUAUCAUCGCCAAUGGACACAGUUACGGAGAGUCAGAUGGCAAUCGCUAUGGCUCUGUGUGGAGGUGUCGGUGUCAUUCAUCACAACUGCACACCUGAGUUCCAAGCUAAUGAAGUUAAAAAAGUCAAAAAAUAUAAACAAGGCUUCAUCCUAGAUCCGGUCAUUCUCUCGCCAACGCAUCGAGUCAGUGACAUCAUCGACGCAAAAUCUAAAUUUGGAUUCUCUGGGAUUCCCAUAACGACGGACGGUCUGAUUGGCGGGAAGUUAAUGGGCCUGGUCACUCAAAGAGAUGUGGAUUUUUUGUCCGCGGAGCAACAUCAUAUGAUGUUGAAGGAGGUGAUGACGAAGUUGGAGGACCUGAUCGUGGCUCCUCAUGGCGUCACGCUGAAGGAGGCUAACCAUAUUCUGCAGAAGAGCAAAAAAGGAAAGCUACCUAUAGUAAACGAGCAAGGCGAAUUAGUAGCCAUAAUAGCCAGGACUGAUCUGAAGAAGAAUCGAGAAUUCCCAUUGGCAUCCAAAGACGAGACGAAACAGUUGGUUGUAGGGGCUGCCAUAGGCACGCACGAUGAAGAUGUACAGAGAUUGGAUCUGCUGGUCCAGGCUGGAGUCGAUUUCGUCGUCUUGGACUCGUCACAGGGCAACUCGAUCUACCAGAUAAAAUUGAUAAAAUACAUCAAAGAAAAAUACCCCAACCUUCAAGUCAUCGGCGGGAACGUGGUGACAGCGGCCCAGGCUAAGAAUCUGAUCGACGCUGGUGUCGAUGCUCUGAGGGUCGGAAUGGGUAGUGGGUCCAUCUGCAUCACUCAAGAAGUGAUGGCGGUCGGCCGCCCUCAAGGAACAGCCGUCUACAAAGUCGCCGAGUACGCGCGAAGAUUCGGCGUGCCCAUCAUCGCAGACGGGGGCAUAGAGAACGUGGGCCACAUCGUAAAAGCCCUUGCCCUGGGUGCAAGUACCGUCAUGAUGGGCUCGCUCCUUGCCGGCACGACAGAGGCGCCUGGAGAAUAUUACUUUGCUGACGGAGUUCGCCUGAAAAAAUACCGUGGGAUGGGAUCGCUGGAUGCCAUGGAGCAGCAUAAAGCUAGCCAGUCUAGAUAUUUUAGCGACUCAGAUAAAGUGAAAGUGGCUCAGGGAGUCUCAGGAGCUGUGGUUGACAAAGGAUCCAUCCAUAAAUUCCUUCCCUACCUCAUAUCCGGGGUUCAACACGGAUGCCAGGAUCUCGGAGCCAAGAGUCUGUCCUGUCUUAGGUCCAUGAUGUAUCAGGGUGAAUUGAAGUUUGAAAAGCGAACGACGUCAUCACAAAUUGAAGGAGGAGUCCAUGGAUUACACUCGUAUGAAAAGAGACUAUACUAAAGAAUCAAACUGCAAAAAAAAACAAGAAAGAGAGAAAGAGAAGAGAGAGAGAGAGAGAGGGAGAGAGAGAGAUAGAGAAGAGAGAGAAAGAAGAAAAGAAGAAAGAAAGAAUGUUCUUUACUAACCGAUCAUUCAAUCAAUCGAUUAUUUAAUUUAUAUAAUUUAUAUAUACUUUUAAUAUUUUUAGGUCACAAUUGAAUAGCUAAUUUUAUUUCAUCAUGUUUCAGUCAAAUAUGGUUUUUAGCUAAUUUUUGGUUAUUAUUGUUGUUAAAUGUGGUUAAUUAUUAUUGUUACUGUGGUUUAUUAUUAUUACUGUGGUUUAUUAUUAUUAUUAUCAUUCCAUGUUUCAAGAAAGUAAUAAAAUGGAUGUACAGAGUGACAAAAACAGAAAUUUUAUUUAUUUAUCUUGCUAAAAAAAUGAAUUAAUGAAAUAAAUAUGACAUGAAAUUAUGAAUUGAUAAAAUUAUUAUUUCAUAAUAAA